AUGACGAACAAGAUGCUAGAUAUCGAAAAGGCGCCUCAGGGGUCCAAGGGGACCAACUCCUCGCCAAGUGCCAACGAGGCUUCUCAACCGCCAAGACCUGACGCCCGUGUCGACGCUAACAGUACAAUCAUUUUCAGAUACUUGGCUUUCGAUACAGUCCUACCCGCGCCGGCCGACAUAUCUUUCCAAGUAUCGGCCGAGUCGCCGCCAGAACCAGCACCCCCAAACCUGUCACACUACACCUCGCCUCUGCAAUGGCCUCAACCCCGGAAAUACCUCAUGCUAGCGCUGUCGUGCGUCGCCACCUUUCUCACCGCAUACACGGCCGGCUCGUAUUCACCACCGUCUUACAUCAUGGCCGAUGACCUUAGCACCUCUCAGCUACUCGUCUUGACCGGUAUCACAACCUUUUGCAUCGGUUUCGCCCUCUCACCGAUGGUGUUAGCGCCCCUGUCGGAGAUAUAUGGCCGGUAUCCAGUGUUUGUCAUCUCUGGCGUUGUAUAUGUCAUCUUCCAAGCCGUCUGCUCUGUUGCGCCGAACCUGACGGCCAUGCUCAUCGCCCGGUUCCUAGUCGGUGUCGGCGGCUCCGUCUUCAGCUCGGUCAUUGGCGGCGUCAUUGCGGAUCUUUGGGCAAAGGAGCAGAGAAACACUCCCAUGGCCCUCUUCAGCGGCGCCGUGUUGGCUGGAACGGGAGCCGGUCCCCUGGUGGCUUCACUCAUGGUCAAGAGAAUGGGAUCUCCGGACGGAACGCUGGCAUGGAAGUGGAUCUUUUGGCACCAGGUCAUCGUCGACACUGUUCUUGUCAUUGCUCUGGCUGUCCUGUUCAAAGAAAGCCGGGGCUCCGUCAUCUUAUCAAGGAAAGCCGAAGCUCUGAAUGCGUGGUACGAGGAAAGGGAAAAGGCAGGAUUCUACGGCGUUUGGUCGGAGGAUACAACGAAUAGUAGCGAUGUUACCGACACGGCUUCGGAUUCAGGAGCUGAUAUGCAGGUGUGCUCCUGCUGCGGCCUCGAAAAGACAUCCGCAACUUGUCAGUCGAGUCGUCGAUGUUCUACCCAGCUUAAACCCCAACGGCUGCGUUGGCUAGUUAAGGAGGACGAAGAACGGGCAUCCAUCACCACGCUGAUUUCAAUGUCGGUAUCCCGGCCAUUCCACCUUCUCUUCACAGAGCCCGUGGUCUUCUUCUUCUCGAUAUGGUGCGCCUUUGCCUGGGCCGUCCUCUACUGCACGUUCGGAAGCAUCCCUCUGGCCAUGUCACGUAGGCGCAACUGGGACAUUGAGCAGUCGGGCUACUUCUUCUCCGCCAUGAUCGUCGGCUCCGUGGUCGCGACCAUUGUCGGUGUCCUCCAGGACAGGCUCCUCCAGCUACCAAACUGGCGAGCCGAUACCCCCCUCGAUGAAUCCUCCCGCUUCUGGCUCUUUAUGCGGCGUCGUUUCCCUGCCGAGGCGCCAGAGUCGCGCCUGUACUUUACCUGUAUCACAGCCACCUUCCUCCCCGCGGGCCUCUUCAUCUUCGGCUUCACAGCCAAGCAAGAGUUCCACUGGAUCGCGCCCGCCUUUGGCAUCGGGCUCGCGACGUGGGGCAUCUACUCGGUGUAUCUGGCCACGUUCAACUACUUUGCCGACAUUUACCACAAAUACGCCUCCUCGGCGCUGGCUGCGCAGUCGUGUUGUCGAAACAUACUCGGGGGCGUCUUCCCGCUCGUUACGGGGGCCUUGUUUCGAAAUCUCGGAGAGGAACGCGCGGGCUCGCUGUUGGGUGGGAUUGCCACGGGCUUGACUUUGAUUCCGUGGGCGCUCGUCUUCUUUGGUGAACGGAUCCGGGCCAAGAGCCGGUUCGCUAUCACUUUGGAAGCCUCACGAUAA